CCGGACUCUGGAGUGGGCCACUCCGAGCAGCGGCUUCCGGAGUCUCCUCCGGCUGCAGGAUGAGGCAGAAGCACUACCUGGAGGCGGCGGCGCGGGUGCUGCGCGAGAGCUGCCCGGGCCAGGCCCGCUAUCUGCUCUGGGCCUACAGCUCGUCGCAAGAUGACAGAGGAACUUUUGAGGGAACAUGUCCCUACUGUUUCCAGUUGCUGGUUCUCGAUAACUCGAGAGUUCGCCUCAAACCCAAGCGCAAACUGACACCGAGAAUACAGAAACUUCUAAAUCGAGAAGCAAACAAUCAAAUACUCAGUUUUAAAGAUGCCAAAAUUGUAAAAAAGUACAAAGACUCCAAAAGUGUGUUGUUGGUCACUUGUAAAACAUGCAACAGAACAGUUAAACAUGAAGGUAAGAGUAGAAGUUCUCUGUCAGCACUGAAGAGCAGUCCUGCCACGCCAGUCGGUAAACGCAGCCUUAAGACCCCAGAGAGGAAGACGCCCGGCCCUGAGAUGUCGGGUUCCAUAGGCAAGAGCCCAGCUUUGGUUUUCAGAACACCUACAUCAGGACAGUCAACACCUACUUGUUCCUCAAAGAAUUCAAGCAAAUCAAAGAAACAUUUCUCUCAAUUAAAAAUGUUGCUUAGUCAGAGUGAAUCCCAAAAGAAUCCCACAAUGGAUUUCAGAAAUUUUUUAUCUUCUCUAUAAAGAACAGAUUAUGAAAAGAACUGUUUGGUAUAAGUUUUGCAGUUACUGAGUCAGAAAGAUUGCAGUUUAAAAACUUAUUAUUAAGUACGUGGAAACAAAGUAAAGAACAAACUUUGGUUAGUGGCUCUUUUUCUGAAGAAAAUACCUUAUUGGAAUGAAGACUAAAACCUACUUACCUCAAAGGUGGUUAUAAGGAUCAAAAAUAGGUGAAUGAUGUUUGUUAAACAGUGGUAUGUAAGGACCUGGGUGGUAUCAUUUUCCCCCAUAAUUAGCAGCUUUCAUUAUGUCAUUUUCUUUCAAAACGAAACCUCUAUUGUAACAUUUCUGAGUCUACUCACUCAUGGAGAUCUCUUCCAGGUGUGCCACUGCCCAGAAGCAGCAUCCAGUAUAUGUCCUUGCCGUCCUACAGUUGUAUGAUUGUAUGUAAAAAUACAUUCAGAUUAUUACUCCUAUUCCACGUACAAAAAAAUAAGGAUCUGGGACAUUCUGAUGUAGCUUUCUGUUGUUUUUACAGUUGUAUUUCACUAGGAAUGGCAUCUUAUUUGUUCUUAGGAUUUAUUUCUAGGUUUAAACAUUACAUCAGAGUUUAGCAUAGUAACAGAUUAGUGCCUUAAGUCUCUUCUGGAACAGUUUUAUUUUUUUACUGAUGAGCUAGGGCUGUACUCAUCUUUUUCCCUCCCCUUUCCCUUUGCUGUUGCAGUAACUGGGGUUGGCAUUGGCUGGGCUGUAGUACUCACACAGUUGGUUGUGGUGCUCAUGGGGGGAAUCCCACACGCCCUCUGUUGUGAGGCCAAGGGCCAUGUGUUGGUGCUAAGGGUGCAAAGCUGCUCAACCACUGGACCAUACUGGGCCCCUAAAAAAUCCAUAAUUUAUUAUUAUAAAUAAAUAUAAUUUAUUUCCAAG